CAGUUCGAGGUUUCUUCAAUUCUGGCGUCCGUACUCCGUACACAACCCCCUGCGACGCUGGAUUCUCGAAGAUGCUUGUGCAAUUUUCACCUCUUUAAGGCUGUGUUUUCAUAUCAGAUACCUCCGCUAUAUGCUCCCUGUUCUCGUCUUGAUUUGUUAUGAACCGAAUGCUCUUAUCGGAUCAUACUGGGGACGCUCUUUUCUAAAAAGAGGUUUUUUCGUUUCCCGCUCCCCCCUUCAAGGUCGCGUAAGUCUAAUAUUGUUGGCAAGCUCUCAGUAAUCAUCCCUACGCAAGCGCCUGAGACGAACCUCUGGACGCCGCGAUUCCAGCACCUUGAUUGAUCUCUUACUUCUCUCUCGUCUUCCCUCAAUUCCCUGUGCCUGGUUUGAUGUCAUGGUCCGCGCCGCAGAGCCAAUGACACGCCGGGUGGCAGCCUCCCAGUUCCGCGACGACAUUACCCAAUGUCCCAAGCUGGAAAUAGACACAGAGAAACAGGACUAUGCCUACUCAUCACGAGAUACAUCCCUAGACCAUGAUGAAGACUCCCGCACCUAUCUCAAGUCUCCUUAUGACACAGCGAUCUCCUCAAACCCCAUACUAGGCAAGCCUACACAGCCGUCGAAACGGAAGCGGAGAUACCAAUUCUACAGAGUACCACAUUCUAUUAUGCGAUGGAUAUGUUUGGGAGUGUUCAUGAGCUUGCUAUUGUUCAUCGCGUUUCUGUUUCGCUUCACUAUUUCCGGCUCCUCGUUUAGAGCGGUUCCGCUAGAACUGUCCAGACCGAAACCCAGGCCACCACAGUGGGAGAGCUUUCCGUUCCUGAGCAGAUAUUAUGGUGGGAUAAGGACGCUUGUAUCAAGGCAGGAUAACAUCCCUGAAUACCCUGGCGAUGGAACUGUGGAGAAAAUUAUGGAUUCCCCAUCAUAUGGAAAGGAAGGGAACGAUAAGUCGGAUAAGAGAUCUGAGGCCAAGAAGAGCUUGGUCUUCAACCCUUAUCCUGAUUACAAAUCUGAAAGCUACGUUAAGAAAUAUGGCGUUAAGAAUGACUGCUUUUUGGAUGCGGAUACGAAGACGUCGAUCCCACCUGUUCGACAUUUUCCGGGAAUUCCCAAAGGCUUUCCCGAUGCUGCGAUGGGAUCAAAUAAGCUGCUAGGCAUAAAUGAUGAUGUUUGCUUUGAACGAUUUGGUCGACUAGGUCCGUACGGCCUAGGCUAUGGCAUUGCCGCGGGAGGCACGGGUGGUGGCCUCGAAGGUGACAGAUCUGGGAUCGACGAAGUAUGGAAGGAAAUCCCCGCAGUUGAUUUCCGGACAGUCAAAUGGAGCGAAGCACAAGAGCGCUGUAUUGCUGCAAACAGUCACCGAUUCCCCAAGCUUGGACCCCCGAGAGUUGAUCGCUUUGGGGCUAUGAAAGUCGGCACCUUGCAUGCAAGAGCCGAGACCGUAGGAAGCACCCCCCUAGGAGAAAAUAAAGAUAGCGCGUCUACUGUGGCUGCGGCGAACGACACAUUAACUCUACCACGAUCUGCUAUUCUUAUUCGAACAUGGAGCGACUACCAAUAUAACGAGGAAUCCAUCAUGUAUCUUCGUUCGCUCAUCUCGGAAUUAUCCUUAAUGUCUGGAGGAGAAUAUAUUGUUCAUUUCCUGAUCCAUGUGAAAGAUGACAACCUGCAAAUCUGGUCGGACGAUGAUACCUAUGAUCGCGUUCUGAAGAAUGCCUUGCCGGCUGAAUUCCGCGGAAUGGGCACCUUGUGGUCGGAAAGACAAAUGGGGUUAUUAUAUGGCGGCCUUCAAGAGACUUUUGCACGGGACCUCCCCGUCCAUGGUGUCUAUAGAAGCACCUUCAUGCCUGUCCAAUGGUUUUCACACCAACACCCAGAAUAUGACUUCAUCUGGAACUGGGAAAUGGAUGCCCGGUACACGGGCCACUGGUAUCACCUCUUCAGCCAAGUGAGUGAGUGGGCGAAACAGCAACCACGAAAGGGCCUCUGGGAACGCAAUGCACGAUUCUACGUUCCAUCAGUUCAUGGAUCCUGGGAAGAUUUCCGCCAAAUGAUCCGCGUGCAAACCGAGAUUGGAACAGACAAUCCCAAUAAUAUGUGGGCGACUCCCCAGGACAAAAACCGCCCGAAUGGGCAGCCAGAGGCCAAGGGAGACAAGCCCAUCUGGGGCCCAGAACGACCACACGAGCAGGAUGUCAUAGAGACGGACGGUGAAGGUAUCCCCCCUACCACGUACGAGAAAGACAAAUACCAGUGGGGUGUGGGGGAAGACGCCGACCUGAUCGUCUUCAACCCAAUUUACGAUCCCGAAGGCACAACCUGGCUCCUCCGCGACGAUGUGACUGGAUACAAUAAAUCAGAGGGCAUGCCGCCGCGCCGAGCAGCUAUUAUCACCUCCGCACGCCUCUCACGAAAACUCCUCGCCACAAUGCACCGCGAGACCAGCAUAAAGCGCCACACGAUGUUUUCAGAAAUGUGGCCAGCGACUGCUGCGCUCCAUCAUGGCCUGAAGGCCGUCUUUGCACCCCACCCUGUGUACAUUGACCGCCGCUGGCCUACCAAGUAUCUGGAAGCAACGUUCAACGCGGGCCGCAAUGGCGCGACGGGCGGGUCUAGGAUAUCUGUAUUUGGCGACAGGGAGCAUAAUUUUAGAGGUACGACUUGGUUCUAUUCUGCGGGCCAUUCGCCAAAUUUGUGGCGCCGUUGGUUCGGAUACAGAGUCGAUGGCAGGGGUGGGGAGGAGUAUGAGCUUGCGACUGAGGGGAGGAUGUGUUUGCCGCCUAUGUUGUUACAUCCGAUUAAGGAGCUCGAGAUGAUUAUUGAGAGCGUGGAUCGUUGAUAGUAUCUACUCGAUUUUUUAUUUGUUUUCUUUUCUUUUCUUUUCUCUUUUCUAUAUUUGUGCAUGGUACGGUGUGUUGUAUGGCUUUCAUUUUCAUUUGCUUUUCUUUGUUUCUUUUCCUUUUUCUGAGUCCUCCCUUUAUAUUUGUGAUAUAUGCACUUCUUACCAUCGUCAAUUCCCCCACUCCAUGCCUUUGACAUUUAUCUCCGUCUAACCCCUUCACUUUGGUCUAUUUCCUCCCGAAUAUUCUUGUGCUUUCUUAUCUCCUCCUGAGCAGCAUUGUUUCCCGUUAUUCUCCUAUGGAAUUGAUAUGUUUUCACUCAGAUACACAUGAUGGAACUAAUCAAACCGCGACUGCGACUGAUGCCCCUCCACAUGCAUGAGAUACGACCCUGCCUUCUGUUUUUUUCUCUUUGCCCCAGAUAGACGAUAAUGAUGGAUGAUGGAUGCAAAGAUUGUAUGUUCAUGUAUGAUAUUUAAUGGCGGAUCUGAUGAAGCCUUGUUCUCCUGUUCAUAUCUGUUCCUUGAUAUGGUUGGUGGUGGGUUUUUAACCCCAGUCCCCUAUCUCGCAGAGACUCGCCUGCUUGUAUAUAUAUAUAUCGGGCUUCUUAUGUUACAUUUUGCGGCUACCAGCUUCCCUCAGCAAAAAUUCUUUGGAUAUCAAGUGAAACAUUUGAAUUGACCAAUUCUCAAUCAUCCUUUAUUGACAUGACAUCAGUUAUAGAAAGGAGUCCUGGAAAAUGAUAUAUAUGUAAAUAAAUAAAUAUGUAAAUAAAUAAGAAAAACCACAUUUUAAGUAUCGUCUUUCAA